ACGGGAGUGUGCUACCGUGCGCUAUUGGGCCCGCCGCUAGGUUGCGCUGCCUUGCUCCCUCUAUUUAAGCGCGAAGGCGUGGCCACUCCGCCUCCUCGCUCUCAAAGCAAAAGGACAGACCGGCCUCGACCGCUCGGCCGAAAAUGGCGCCGGCGCCGGCGCCGGCCCUGUUGGAGCCGGGAGUGGACGUCGACAAGUUGAGCUACGAGAUUUUCUCCAUCCUGGAGAGCAAGUUCCUCUUCGGCUUCGACGACCACAAGCCCCUUCCCCUCCAAUCCUCCCCUGUCUCCGCCUCGCCGGUGCCCCCUCAGCCGCCCGCCCCCCGUGCGCCCGCGGGCAGGGUCCGAAUCCUCUCCGUUGACGGCGGCUGCCGCCCCUCCGACGCCCUCCUCGCCGCCGCCUCCCUCGCCCGCCUCGAGUCCUUCCUCCGCGACACCCCCGCCCGCGUCGCCGACUUCUUCGACGUCGCCGCCGGAUCCGGCGCCGGGGGCGUCCUCGUCGCCAUGCUCUUCACCCGUGGCCCCGACGGUCGCCCCCUCUUCGCCGCCGACGAGGCGCUGCGGCUCUUCGCCGCCUGGAGCACCGGGUCGCCGUCGGGGUCGUUCGGCCUCCCGAGAAAGGGCCCGCUCGGGUGGGUUCUACGGCGGAAGCCCGGGGGUCUCUUCCGGCGGGUGUUCGGCGACGCCACGCUGAGGGACACCCUGAAGCCGGUGCUGGUCCCGUGCUACGACCUGGCUACAGGGGCGCCGUUCCUGUUCUCGCGGGCGGACGCGAUGGAGGCGGACGGGUACGACUUCCGCAUCUGGGAGGUGUGCGCCGCCACGUGCGCGUCGCCCGCGGCGGCGGUGGAGAUGAGCUCCGCAGAUGGGCGGACGCGGAUCGCCGCCGUCGGGGGCGGGGUGUCGAUGGGCAACCCCGCGGCCGCGGCCAUCACGCACGUGCUCAACAACAAGCAGGAGUUCCCCUUCGCCGCUAGCGUGGACGAACUCAUGGUGCUCUCGCUCGGAAGCAGCGCCGCCGGUGUGGACAGCGCUUCCGGCAGACGGCGGCCGGUUCCGUCGGCGGCGGAGCUCGUGAGGAUCGCCAGCGAGGGCGUCGCCGACAUGGUGGAUCAAGCGAUUGCAAUGGCAUUCGGACACAACAGGACAAACAAUUACGUACGGAUUCAGGCUAACGUGUUCGGAUUGGACAAUUAUUCUGCGAGAACGAGCAAUGCCGAUAGAUUGAUUUGUGCAAUGGAGGAAAGAUUGUCGCAGAGGAAUGUGGAAUCGUUGUUGUUUAGAGGGAAGAAGAUAUCAGAUCAAACUAAUGCGGAGAAGCUCGAGUGGUUCGCUAGCGAGCUCAUCAAAGAGCAUGAGAGGAGGAAGAAGAGCCUGAUUCCCGUAAUAGUGUUGAAGCAAGUCAUGACACCGAGAUCGUCCACCGCCACCACCACUGUCAUUACUGGCACCACCACCACCACCUCAACAACAUCAACAUCUGCUUCGCUCUAAUUCUCUGAGCAAUAAAUAAACGAAAAUUAGUUCUUUAGGAAAAAUAAGAGAUCAAAGCUUGGUGGUUGCUGAGCGUGAAGCCAGUGCUGAUGGCACAUUGUGUAUAAGGGGCUAUGUAUGUGAAGUCUGUUCAAGCUUUGGUUGAAUUAGACUUUCAACUGAGACUAUUUCUUUUGGUACAA